AAAAACCGGUAUGGAAAGUCACCAGAACGACGCACGUACGUAUGGAGUGCAAAUGUCAACAUCCGAGGAAGUUGAAGUUAAAAUGUCCUUUGAGGAUUUACGGAAGCGAGCAAGGCAGUUAGAAAGUGAGAUUGACGUGAAGUUGGUGUCGUUCAGCAAGAUAGCAGCCAGUUAUGGGAGCAGCAGUGCAGCCAUCAACACAAAUCCCGAGAGUGUCUCCUUACUCUCGGGGGACCAAAUGUAUGAGACCAUUUCUGUCGAGCUGGAGCAGCUGUUGACAGCACUCACAGACAUCAAUGAGAGGAUGAACAACUGUCCCCAUGGCUCCUCAGUGGCUACCAUUCAUACCUUACAGCGGCACCGUGACAUCCUGCAGGACUACACACAUGAGUUCCAGCGAACCAACAACACUAUCAAAUCCCGGAGAGAACGGGAGCAGCUGUUGGGGACUGGGCGCAAUGGAGGCAAGAGUCUGGCUGGUCUCUCCCGCCGUGACCUUUACCUGAAAGAGAGUGAACACCUAGCCAACUCUGAGGGACUGGUUGAUGAACAGAUCACCAUUGCUAUGGAUACCCGGGACCACUUGAAGACACAGCGGCAGACAUUCAAGAUGAUACAAACAAAGGUUAAUGAUCUUUCUAAUCGGUUCCCAAUGUUUAACUCUCUGAUGACCAAGAUCAAUAUCCGUAAGAGGCGUGAUUCCCUCAUUCUGGGCACCGUCAUUGGGGUUUGUCUCACUUUCAUGCUUUGGUGGAUGUUUUUCUAGUACUCUAAGAGUAGCUUACUUUUUUUUUUAACUCUCUCUCUCUCUCUCUCUCUCUCUCUCUCUCUCUCUCUCUCUCUCUCUCUCUCUCUCUCUCUCUCUCUCUCUCUCUCUCUCUCUCUCUCUCUCUCUCUCUCUCUCAUUUUUGCUCUAUUUUUUUCCACAAUCAUCCUUACUCUUCUUAAUAUUACAGAGAUUUUUAUUUUUCUUUCCCUGUUUUCUUAAAAUUAGUCACUCACACAUGGAAAGGUUUCAUUUGGGCACACAGAGUUUCAAGUGUGGCUUGCAGACAAUAUGAAGAGAGUAUUACUUUUGCCUUUCAUUAUGUAAUGUAUGUAUGUAUGUAUAUGACUUAAUCAGUGAUGUAUAAAAUGUAUUAUCCAUAAUUUUAAGUGCUGCAAGAAACUAUAUAAGAUAUUUGAUUAAAAUAUGAAUUACUAAAGAAA